AUGGAAUCCAUGGCCGCGGCAAUCGGGGUCUCAAUCCCAGUGUUGAGGUUCCUUUUAUGCUUUGUGGCGACGAUUCCAGCGAGUUUCAUCCACCGAUUCGUACCGAGUCCAUUCGGCAAGCACUUGUACGCUGCCCUCUCAGGAGUUUUCCUCUCGUAUUUGUCAUUUGGGUUCUCUUCAAAUCUUCACUUCUUGGUCCCCAUGUUGUUGGGUUACCUUUCGAUGGUCCUGUUUCGGCCUUACUGUGGGAUCCUCACGUUUUUUUUUGGAUUCGGCUAUUUAAUUGGCUGCCAUGUGUAUUACAUGAGCGGGGAUGCAUGGAAGGAAGGAGGCAUUGAUGCCACUGGGGCUUUAAUGGUGUUAACACUGAAAGUCAUAUCAUGCGCCAUGAAUUACAAUGAUGGACUAUUAAAAGAGGAAGAAUUGCGAGAGGCUCAGAAGAAAAACCGCUUGAUUAAGCUGCCCUCUUUUAUUGAGUACGUUGGUUACUGCCUCUGUUGUGGCAGUCACUUCGCUGGUCCAGUUUUUGAAAUGAAGGAUUAUCUUGAGUGGACUGAAGGGAAAGGGAUUUGGUCCCCUACUGAGAAAGGACCUUCACCAUCACCUUUCGGGGCAACAAUUCAAGCUCUUCUCCAAGCUGCUGUUUGCAUGGCCUUGUAUCUGUACCUGAUACCCCAGUAUAACAUAUCUGGGCUCAAUGGUCCCACAUACCAAGAAUGGGGCUUCUGGAAACGGUUGAGUUACCAGUAUAUGUCAUGUCUCACAGCACGUUGGAAAUAUUAUUUCAUCUGGUCAAUUUCAGAGGCAGCUAUUAUUAUCUCUGGCCUGGGUUUCAGUGGUUGGACAGAGACUUCAACAAAGCCAAAAUGGGAUCGUGCAAAAAAUGUGGACAUUCUAGGUGUUGAGUUUGCUAAGAGUGCAGUUCAGCUACCACUUGUAUGGAACAUACAAGUGAGCACUUGGCUUCGUCAUUAUGUUUAUGAUAGACUUGUUCAGAAGGGGAAGAAACCUGGUUUCUUUCAGUUGUUAGCCACACAGACUACCAGUGCUUUUUGGCAUGGAUUGUAUCCUGGGUACAUAAUAUUCUUUGUCCAGUCAGCAUUGAUGAUUGCCGGUUCUAGGGUCCUAUACAGAUGGCAACAAGCUAUACCUCCAAAUAUGGCUGUGGUCAAGAAGUUGCUUGUGUUUAUAAGCUUUGCUUACACUGUUCUGGUUCUAAACUAUUCUGCUGUUGGUUUCAUGGUGUUAAGCUUGCAAGAAACAAUUGCUUUAUAUGGUAGUGUAUAUUACAUUGGAACCAUUGUACCCAUAGUAUUGAUCCUCCUUGGCAACAUAAUUAAACCAGCAAAGCCUGCCAGAUCUAAACCCCGUAAGGAACAGUGA